AUGGAAUUAGACGUAGCUCCGCCGUUUAAAACAGCGGGCGCCCCGGCUGUGGAAACCGUAUUCGGUGCUGUUGUGCUGCUCGGUACUGUAGCAGGCGAUGUUACAGUAGGCGUUAUUGUAGGCGUGAUGCUGCUACUCGCUGACGAAGUAGAAGCAGGUUCUGGGGUCGAGUUAGAUUCUCCAUUGCUGCUGUCGGUGCUUAUCGUACUCGACGUCCCAGUAGAGGUGCUAGCUCCCGAAGAUGACGAAGUGACGAUUUCUGAAGAGCUGAGAGAAGAGAAAGUGCUCUCUGAAAAGCCAGAAGAUGUGCUUUCCAAAGAACUAGAAGAAGAUAUACCUUCGGUUGGACUGAAAGUAGAAGAAGCUGUGCUCUCGGAAGAGCUGGUAGGAACAGUUGUUUCUGAAGAGCUAGAAGAAGAAGAAGAAGAAGUGCUCCUCGACAAGCUUAGACUAAGAGACGCGCUCCUAGAGGAGCUAGAAGUAGAAGAAGACGAAGACGUGUCUUCUGAAGAGCUGAAAGAAGACGUACUUUCGGAUGUUGAAGAGGAGGAUUCGGCCGUAGAAGAGGGCGUGGUCGAGAAAGUUGGUGUGUUUGAAACUACACCAGUCGUGCCUGGCGAAGCUCCACUGCCUGUAGACAGUCCAGGAGUAGUUGUGACCUCUCCCUCAGGGGCACUCUGGCUCGGAGAGACUGAACUAGGGCUGUUUGCAUCGCAGUAA